AUGAUUCUAGCAACUGCAUUUUCUUUCUUUCUUGUCUGUAUCAUUUUCUCCAAUUAUUUCCCCUUAAUUUCCCAUAUUCUCUCUCUCUCUCUCAUUACCCACCAUCUCUCUUGCUGCUUUACUUUCUUUUUUAUCUGUUUUUAUACAUACAUGUUGUUCCUUCUCUUCAUUUAUUUCCCCCUCCCCACUUGUUUAAAAUUUGACUUGUUUUCUUCUUGCCACCUGAGCUACCCCACUUGCACCCAAGUUCCCCAGCCAACCCCAUUCUCCCUACUCCAACCUCACCCUCUCUAUUUUGUGAGUGAUGCACUUUCCAUCUCUCUCUCUCUCUCUCUCUCUUUCUGCCUUGUUGCCAGCAUCACAACCAGCCAUGGCUGCUGCAGUAGUGGCAGCAUCAGGAUGAGGAAGAGGAGAAAUAAACAUCAGCAUUUAGAACUUCUCUCUUUCUUGCUCAUCUAUCCUUUAUAUGAUGCUAGUCAGGCUACUUUCUUCACCUUUAUCACCACCACCAUCAUCAUCAUCAUCAUUCAUCACCUUCUUUCUUUUCUAUCUAUCUUUCUUUACCACCUCCUCCUUUACUCUAGUUACUGUUGUCUCUCACAUGCCUCACUUUGA